AUGAACACCUCCAAGGGCCAGUUGCUGGGCACUGCACAACAGCAGCAGGACCUGGUCAAUGCCAUAAUAUCGGUGCUUGCCACUCCAGAGCAGCCGACCUCCGUCGCGAACGUGUACUCCAAUGAGCGCAACAUGGCCACCGAGGUGCAGGCGUACGCAAAGAUCGCAGGCCGGGGCUGGACCUUCUACGUCAAGCACCUUGUGGUCACGAUUGGCCGCAACACAGACCCGCACGAUCAAUCCGUCGAUAUCGAUUUAGGGCCCGCCAAAGUCGUUUCGCGGAAACACGCGUCCAUCAAGUACAAUCUCAACGAGAGCUGUUGGGAGUUGCAAGUGCAAGGCCGCAAUGGUGCCAAAGUCAAUUUCCAUCGUGUCCCGGCCGGUCCCCAGUCCGAGUCCGUCCAAUUGCAGUCUGGGUCCGUGCUCGACAUAGGCGGCACUCAAAUGAUAUUUAUACUGCCCGAUCAAGUGCCGUUUUUGGAGCAAGCGGCUCUUGAUCACCUAGCGCCAAAAUUGAAUUCCAUGUACGGCGCCACGAGCACUAAUCCGCUCAUCCAGGACCUGUUGAGAGGCUUUUCGCAACCGAAAAACGCCGUAAAGGCGUUCCGCAUGUACAAUUCUUACGACAGUUCCGGCGGCGCUGCGGCGAUGGCCUCUUACUCGACACCGGCGUUUGCUUCAGGCUACGGGACCAUUAUGGAUCCGUCUUUCCCGUCCUCACACGACAUCGCCUCUGAUCUUUCUCGAGACGAAAACAAAAAUGUCAAACCGCCUUACUCCUACGCGACCAUGAUCACUCAGGCCAUUUUAUCCAAUCCUGAGGGUGUUCUGUUACUAGCCGACAUCUACAAAUACAUCUCUUCCAAUUUCGCGUACUACCGCCAUGCUAAGACCGGCUGGCAAAACUCAAUCAGACACAAUCUUUCUUUGAACAAAGCCUUUGAAAAGGUCCCACGAAAACCAAAUGAGCCUGGUAAAGGUAUGAAAUGGCGUAUUAGCGAAGACUAUCAAAAGGAAUUUCUGGACAAAUGGCACUCCGGGAGAAUUUCCAAAGUUAGACGAGGCUCGUCUGUGGCGCGCCAGCUGCAGUUGCACAUGACCAAGUUUAACGCGUUACCGAUGCAAGACUCGAAUUUGGACUCGUGGCAGAAACUGCCAUCACCGCAACACGAGAUGUCUUCUUAUCCGCCCCACUUCGAGUCCUCGUCGCAGCAGGUCCUCCCAACUUCGCAGCAACAACAAGCACAACAAGCACAACAAGCACAACAAGUACAACAAGCACAACAAGCACAACAACAACAGCAGCAACAGCAACAGCAACAACAGCAGCAACAGCAACAGCAACGACAACAACAACAACAACAACAACAACCACCGCCACAACCAUCGCCACAACCUCAACGUCCUCGCCAGGAACGUGUCGUGCAAUUCUCCAAUUCAUUACCACCGCCACAACCUAUUCUGCCUCCGGCUUCCUCUUUUACGCCGCUCGCUCAACAACGUCCCAUAUCGCCUGUCAUGCAGCCGCCGUUGAACAUUCCGCUACGCCAGCAAUCCGCUGUACACCCACAACACCAACUCCCACUACCGCGGCCCAGCACACGUCCUUCAAUUUCCCACGGCCCUGCACCUCCUAGUUCCAGUGGGGCUCGAUUGUCCCCAGGUAAAGACCCUCUCCUACGGUCUCCAACCAAGCCGUUCCACAUUACACCAACAGAAGCGUACACGCCGGAGCGAGGUAGCUCACAGUCCAAUAGAUCACCCACUGAGAACAGCUUGAAUCACCAAGCACAAGAUGUUAGGUUGUCGGCACGCCAGGGCGGGCAAACGGCGCAAAGUUCGCCUGGAGUUUGGAAUUUACUGCAAUUUAGUUCAGUGAACAACACUCCAGCCGCGUUUCGCGGCCAAGACGACCAACCGCACAACCCAAUGAGUAGCAAUCGACAUUUGCGACCCAUAGGUCCGACCAUUUCUCAGGGCUCUGCUGUCAGAGACGACGAAAACUCACCCACGCUACACAUCAAGACAAAACCAGACGACAACAUGGAAAAGGACCAGGACGAUUACAUUUCGUCGCCCUUAAAGACCGGACAAGAAUCCCAUGCACCGGGAGUCAAGCAACUGAUGCUGGACAGAGAAAACGCCAAAGUGAGUGUUGUUGACGAAGAAAAUUGA